ACGCUAACGGCGCUGAUAUUCAAACGUAUUUUUUUCAUUUGGUUCGGUCGGUUUGGUGGAGUCGUUGGAGGAGGAGAAAUAGCUGGGAUAUUUUGGGGUUUUAUCCUUUUAUAUUCAGUUUGGGAGCGAAGAAUUCGUAUUAGAAAGGCUUGUUUUUAGCUAAACUGUUAAGGAUGGACGUGCAGCAGCAAGGCGACUCUGCUGAUCCUUAUGCCUACGACGCCCCGAACCAUGUGAUGUGUGACUUUGAAUUGGAUCGAGAAGAUAAUGCAGAUCAGUGGUUUGAUCUUCUUACCCCUAAUGGUGAAGUUGAGCCACUCACAACCCCUCUUAGAAAGCCUUUUGAUGGUACACACAGCGAAGAUCUACCAAAGGCUGUAGUCACACCUAUUGUCAAAGGAGCAACCUCAAACACAAAUUCAAAUAGUGGAGCCCCUGAACCUCCAUCUAAUAUUGUGACGUCAUGGGGUAGCACAACUGCAGCCCCAACUCAUAAGACCACUGUUCCAGCACAACCACGCAGGGUGUCUAAGCGCCCAGCAGUAAAAAAUGAACGACCUCAGGCUCCUUCAACACCACCUGUAAAGAAGAAGCGCAGAGUUGUUCCAACUCCAAAAAGGACAGUUUUCCGUCAACCACGGAGGAGCUCCACAGGCCAGAAGCCUGCUCGCCGCAGUGCUGUUGCAGCCAGGAGGAGCAUCAGACAAAAGAACAAGGCACCUGUCUCCUCUGCUGUCACUGCUCCAUCUACCUCUGCUGCUAACCAGCACAGGAGCACAGAGCAGCAGGAGCUUGAGCGCAUCGAGGCUCUGCAGAAAGAGGUGGCCGAGCAGCGCAAGAGAAACGAGGCCAGCUACAAAGCGGCACUUGCAGGCAGUCAUCUUCCGAAGAAGCAGGUCCUGUCCACCACAGUUCCCAAAGAAUUUAACUUCCGCUCGGAUGGUAGACUGAAAAACCAACCGGAUGUUACAGAUGCUUCACACAAAGAGGGUGACUUUGCAUCUCAGCUGCGCAGACACCCUGCCUCCCCUUUGAAGGCACCUAGGGGUACCACAAUCCCUAAGCCUUUUAACCUCUCUACUGGCAACAAGAGGAAGCAUGAGGAGGGUGAAUAUGUGUCCAUGGCCCAGCAGAUUGAACAGUUUCAGAAACGCACUCCAACUCGUUAUCACCUGCGCAGCCGGCAGUCCCAAGACAGAGGCCCAUCACCAGUGAAGACUGACAAGCCUGCCAUCACUCAUCCUCAUACCCCUCAGCUGCUAACUCGCCAGAGGAGUCGUCCUGUCAUGGUGAAGAGUGCUGCAGAGAUUGAGGCUGAAGAACUGGAAAAAAUGCAGCAGUUUAAAUUCAAAGCACUAGAACUCAACCGUAAGAUCUUGGAAGGUGUUGUGGCUCCUAAGAAACCAGCUCCUAAGGAAGCCACUCGCCCAGAAGGCUUCCAGCUCGAGGUGGAAAAACGUCUGCAGGAUCGACAUGUGAGCAAAAAGCCAGAGGAGCCUGAAAAUCACACCUUCCACUCCAGGCCCCUGCCAACCCGCAUCCUGGAAGAAGUGGUGGGUGUCCCAGAGAAGAAGGUGCUGAAUCCUACAGUCCCUGAAUCUCCAGCCUUUGCACUCAAAAAUCGUGUUCGUAUGGAACGCAAAACAGAAGAGGUGAAACCUCCAGCCCCUAUUAAGGCACUGCCUGUGCCCCACUACCUGCCGUUUCACCCAAAGUCUGUAGCAAAGAACCAUGUAGAGAUGUGCCCUUUCUCUUUUGAGCAGCGUGAGCAAGAGCGCAGAGCACAGAAGGAGAAGCGCUUGGAAGAGUUGAGAAAUGAGGAGAUGCCGAAGUUCAAAGCUCGACCACUGCCAGACUUCCAUGAAGUGAGUCUUCCAGAAAAGAAAGUGAUUGAGCCCACCAAACCCGCACCUUUCAAGCUGGUAGUUGAUGAGCGGGGAGCUACAAAGGGUGAACGCUGGGAGCAUAUGGUAAAAGAGGAGCUGAAGCAGCAAGCAGAGGCCGCAUGCUUCAAGGCACGACCCAAUGCAGUCGUACACAAAGAGCCAUUUGUACCAAAGAAAGAAAAUCGCUCCCUCUUGGCCAAUACUACCCAUUCUGCAGUCCCUGAAGGCUUCCAGCUGUCGACGGAGCGGCGGGCUAAAGAGCGGCUGGAGUUUGAGCGGGCGCUGAAGGAGAAGGAGGCCCUCAGGGCACAGGUGGAGGAGCAGGAGUCCAGAGAUCGAGAAGAGCAUGAGAAGGAAGAAAUAAUCAGACUGCGGCAAGAACAGGUGCACAAAGCUCAACCUAUCCGGCGCUACAAACCUGUGGAGCUGAAGCACAGCGAGGCCACGCUCACGGUGCCCCAGUCACCCAAAUUCUCAGACCGUUUCCGCAUGUAAAUUGGCUUGUGGUGCUAAAAUGUACAUAAAUGAAGCUUUUUAUUUUCGCUUUUGUGGCUUUUUUUUUUUUUUAAUAUUGCAAGGCUGUAAAAUGAUGCUUUUAUAAUUGCAUACAUAUAAAGCCCUAACCUUUGACCUUCUGAGGCUAUGUAUUCUGUUGGUAAACAUACUUGCACAGCUGUUUACAUGUAGGCAAUUAUGGAAACUGUUGUCCCAUGUUUCCUUUCACUCAUAAUGUAUAUGUAGCUUCUUCUUACAUAUUUCUGUCACUUCUUUUCCUCUAAUAAAUCUUUUUUCUUUA